AUGGUGGCCCCCACACGAGUGGCAACCUUCCUCCUUCUCGCGUGCGCCCUGCUGUGUUUAGCACCAAUAAUUGCAAAAGAAAAAAAAAACGGAGAAAAAAAAGAAGGAAACCUUUUGCAAAAGCUAAGGAACAAAUUAAUAAAUUACAUUGCAAGCAAGAAAAAGUUUGAUUCGAACGGAUGGGUAGACUUAUCGCUACUUCAAGGGGAGAAGUUCCAACCAAUCGACCUACGUAUCGAAGAUGACCAAGUGAUUUGCAACGGCAACAAUCAAAUUCUCGAAGUGACUGUGGUGAAACAAAAGUUACUAAAACACACAGACGAUGCGUCCUAUCACGAGUUAACCCUGGACAGUAAAAAAAUAGCUCCCAAUGCCAAGCUGCUCUCUACAAUCCCGUUAAUGAGGAUGAGACUACAUCAACAGCAGAUGGGGGGAGCAAUAGCACCUCUUAUAAAACGAUUAGGGUUAUCCUCCUUUCAUGCACUGCCCCCCAAUUUUGAAGGCUAUAUCGUAUGCACAAAAAAAGACACCAAUGCUUUGCUCGUUCCAAAGACAUUGAAAUCAGUUCAGUUCGUAUCAGGACCAUGGAAAGUACGAGUAAGCAUAGAUUUUUACAGAUGUCCACUUUCCAAUUUUGGAAGGAUAUUUCAAGUAACCAUAAUAGACGAAGUCAAUGUCCUACUCAAUAAUGACAAGUCUUUCAUCUGGCCCAUCCCUCUAACGUCCUUUUUCGAAGUCUACGAUUUCCAUCUAGCUGUUAGAGACUGUAAAAAAGGGAACUUUUGCGAAUUAGAGAGGACAGCAAAUGGGGAUGGAAAUAACAAUAGCACUCUUAUAUUGAACUGCCCAAGUUGGGGAAGCACACAUAAACUGACCAUAGCUAAUGCAUUGCUCCUUUCAGCUUACCUUGGUAUGUCUAUCGCACAUGGCUUGUCCUACCCUUACAUGAAUAUAUCAGCUGAUGAUUAUAUAAGUAGUAGGUAUAGCCAAAUUUCAAAAAGCACCCCAAGAAUCCGAAAAAGAGUCAUUAAGUCCUCCUACCUUAGGGAUGAGUAUGAAGAGGAAGAGAGUAAAAGUUCUUUAAAGAAACUGAGUCUCAUUACUCACUUAAUUUUCCUAGGAG